UUGUUGGGAAGUUGCUCCGCUGCUGGAGAAACUUAAGUUUGCAACUUCCAGAGGCCCGAAAUGGCCCCUCUUGCCCUCCCCGCUUGCGUAGGGACCCGUUUUGGGGAGCCCCUCUGUCCGGCUCGUGUUGUGCUUGUGGCAGUCCCGGGAUGUAGCCGACUAACCCUGUGCUGAGACGCCUUUCUUUCCUCUGGGGUGGUGAGCUUGGGAGGCUGGACUCUGCGUUUAAAGGACGAGGAUUAUUCAGUCCUACCUAGCCAGCCAGGUUGGAGUAUUUCCGAAAUAAAAAAAAAAAAAGGCUCGUGGCUAGAACGUUGGCUACAGAUGAGCUUUUUGGAUCACAGCUGCUGAGGAAGGUGAUCUGCUAAAUGCUGGGAUGUGUGGCAGGACCUAGAAGGAAAUAGAGUCUGAUAAAACUGGGACUUUUGAAAUAUUAAAGGAGAAGGAAAUGUCAGGAAUGCUUCGAAUGCCCCAGCUGUGAUGUGUAGUGAUUAAGCUUGAUUCUGGAAUAGUGCAAGGAGAGUCUUGGAUUCUUGAAGGAAGUAAGCUUCUGUAAUCUGUCAAGUUGAACCUGUGGGAAGAUGGUAUGAAGCAUUUAUUAAGAGGCGAAACAGGAAUAUUUCAGCCUCUUUUCAGGAACUGGAGGAUAAGAAAGAAUUAUCAGAGGAGUCAGAAGAUGAAGAAUUACAAUUAGAGGAAUUUCCUAUGCUGAAAACACUUGAUCCUAAAGACUGGAAGAAUCAAGAUCAUUAUGCAGUUCUUGGACUUGGAAAUGUAAGAUACAGGGCUACUCAGAAACAAAUCAAAGCAGCCCAUAAAGCCAUGGUUUUGAAACAUCAUCCAGACAAACGAAAAGCAGCAGGUGAACCAAUAGCAGAAGGGGAAAAUGACUACUUUACUUGCAUAACUAAAGCUUAUGAAAUGUUAUCUGACCCCGUGAAAAGACGAGCAUUUAACAGUAUAGAUCCUACUUUUGAUAACUCAGUUCCUUCUAAAAAUGAAGCAAAGGACAAUUUCUUUGAAGUGUUUUCACCAGUGUUUGAAAGGAAUUCCAGAUGGUCAAAUAAGAAAAAUGUUCCUAAACUUGGUGACAUGAAUUCAUCAUUUGAAGAUGUAGAUGCAUUUUAUUCUUUUUGGUAUAACUUUGAUUCUUGGAGAGAAUUUUCUUAUUUAGAUGAAGAAGAAAAAGAAAAAGCAGAAUGUCGUGAUGAGAGGAGGUGGAUUGAAAAACAAAACAGAGCAGCUAGAGCACAAAGGAAAAAAGAGGAAAUGAAUAGAAUAAGAACAUUAGUUGACAAUGCAUAUAGCUGUGAUCCUAGGAUAAAAAAAUUUAAAGAAGAAGAAAAAGCCAAGAAAGAAGCAGAGAAGAAAGCAAAAGUGGAAGCAAAAAGAAAGGAACAAGAGGCAAAAGAAAAACAAAGACAAGCUGAAUUAGAAGCAGCUCGGUUAGCAAAGGAGAAAGAAGAGGAAGAGGUUAGACAACAAGCGUUAUUGGCAAAGAAAGAAAAGGAAAUUCAGAAAAAAGCCAUUAAAAAGGAAAGGCAAAAACUUCGAACUUCAUGUAAGAAUUGGAAUUAUUUUUCAGACAGUGAGGCAGAGUGUGUUAAAAUGAUGGAAGAGAUUGAAAAACUUUGUGAUCGUCUUGAACUAACAAGCUUGCAGUGCUUGAAUGACAUUCUUACAUCUACUACAAAAGAAGAAGGGAAGGCUGCUGUGGAAAAGCAGAUAGAAGAAGUAAAUGAGCAAAUAAGGAAAGAAAAGGAGGAAGCUGAGGCUCGUAUACGGCAAGCAUCUAAAAGUAGUGAGAAAUCAACUGGUGGAGGUGGCGGUAGCAGUAAAAAUUGGUCAGAAGAUGACUUGCAAUUAUUAAUUAAAGCUGUGAAUCUUUUCCCCGCUGGAACUAAUUCAAGAUGGGAAGUUAUUGCCAAUUAUAUGAAUCUGCACUCUUCUUCUGGAAUAAAGAGAACUGCAAAAGAUGUCAUCAGCAAGGCAAAGAGUCUUCAGAAACUGGAUCCUCAUCAAAAAGAUGAUAUAAAUAAAAAAGCUUUUGAUAAAUUUAAAAAGGAACAUGGAGUUGUGCCUCAGUCAGAUAGUGCAGCACCUUCAGAGCGUUUUGAAGGUCCAUGUACAGAUUUCACACCUUGGACAACUGAAGAACAAAAACUAUUAGAACAAGCUCUGAAAACAUAUCCUGUGAAUACACCUGAGAGAUGGGAAAAAAUAGCUUCCGCAGUGCCUGGACGAUCAAAAAAAGACUGUAUGAAACGAUAUAAGGAACUCGUCGAAAUGGUAAAAGCAAAAAAGGCUGCUCAAGAACAAGUGAUGAAUGCUAGUCGAGCCAAGAAAUGACUAAAGUUGACAAUCUUUGUUGUUUGUUUUUAUAAUAAAACUGCAAAUACUGUAUAAAUUUUCAUUCUUAAACUUAUAAAAAUUCUUUUGAUGUUUUGAAUCUGUGUUUUUAGCUUAUUGACAAAUUCCUUUAAGAGAGAGAGCAGCUGAUGGUAAUUAUACUUUCUCUUCCUUACCUA